GUGGCUUUAAAUGAAAUAAAAGCUAUUCUUGUGUGAGUGUGAAUUCACUUCUUUAAGCUGUACAACUAAAGAAUCUUAUUUUUUUUUUUUUUAGCUAAAAAUGAGUUUCCCAGGGUAUGGAGCUCCUGCUGGUGGAUAUCCAGGAGGGUUUCCAGGAGGAUUCCCCGGCCAGCAGCAGGAUCCUCUCUUUGGAUACUUUUCUGCCGUUGCUGGGCAGGAUGGACAGAUCUCUGCCGAGGAACUUCAGACCUGUUUAACCCAAGCAAACUUCUCUGGAGGUUACAAACCUUUCAACUUGGAGACCUGCAGGUUGAUGAUCGGCAUGCUUGAUCGUGACAUGUCGGGCUCCAUGGGCUUUAAUGAGUUUAAGGAGCUGUGGGCGGUGCUUAAUGGCUGGAAGCAGCACUUCAUGUCCAUCGACAAAGACAUGAGUGGGACAGUGGACCCGCAGGAAAUGAACCAAGCCAUUUGCUCGAUGGGCUAUAGGCUGAGUCCUCAAGCCUUGAACUGUAUCAUAAAGCGCUACAGCAGUCACGGAAAGAUCACUUUUGAUGAUUAUGUUGCGUGCUGUGUCAAACUAAGGAGCCUGACUGACAUUUUCCGCAGAAGGGACCAGGGGCAAAAUGGGACUGCUUCAUUUCAGUAUGAUGAUUUUAUCCAGUGCACUAUGAGCACCUGAGAGAAAUCUCUGGAAAUGGAAAUCGGACCUAUUCCAGCAUCUGUGGCAUAUAUAAUGGAAUCUAUAAUGGCCAUGAGCUUUUUGUUUGUUUGUUUGUUUUUUUAAUACAAAUGCUUCUUUUUUAAAAUGUAUGUUCGCUCUAACUAAAGGCAUCUUUAUAACAAAUUAUUAUGAAUUUUAACUGUUGCAUGUAUGCUUAAUUGGUUAAUACUUGUUAGAAUUUAAUUCGGAAAUCAUUAAAAAGGUAAACCUGUAUAAGGGACCAAACCACUAAAAAUUGAACCAUGUAACCCAAAGAUUGUACUCAAUUAAAAAAAAAGUGUUAUAUUG